GCUGGGGAGUACUUGAGGGAUUAGUGGCUGUCGCAGCUCCGAAACGCAGGCGACAGAGCUAGCGUGCCGUUGGUCUGCACUGUCCUCCGUCCCUAGUUGCCGGGGGACGCUCUGCUCUGGUAGUGUCCGGUGACGAGAUUGCAAAUUCAGGUUCAGGAUGGCCUUCUGAGACAUCUGGGACAGUCACCAACUAUCUUACAAAAUUAAAGACAGAGAUUUCUUCUGCCUUCAGAUGUCUUUCUGCUUGACUGAACUGCACCUGUGGUCUUUGAAGAAUACCUUACACAUUGGGGAUAGAGACAUAGGGAUCUACCAGUAUUAUGACAAGAAAGACCCACCAGUAUCAGUGACAGAGCAUGGUAACUUAGAAGAAAAGCAGAAGCUGGCAGAAUCACGAGAUUAUCCGUGGACACUCAAAAAUAGACGCCCAGAAAAACUUCGAGACUCACUCAAGGAGUUGGAGGAGCUGAUGCAAAAUAGUCACUGUGUGCUGAGCAAAUGGAAGAACAAAUAUGUCUGUCAGCUCCUCUUUGGUUCAGGUGUGCUGGUGUCCCUAAGCCUCUCUGGGCCGCAGCUGGAGAAAGUAGUGAUUGACAGAAGCCUGGUGGGGAAGCUCAUCUCAGACUCCAUCAGUGAUGCUCUUCUUACAGACAACUUUAUCAUCUUAUCAUUUUUGGCACAAAACAAACUAUGUUUUAUUCAGUUUACCAAGAAGAUGGGUUCUCCUGAUGUAAACAAAAGACUGGAAAAACUCUCAGCCUUGGAUUAUAAGAUUUCCUAUACUGAGAUACCGGGCCCAGUCAACAGGACAGCAGACCGUCAUCUGGCAAUCAAUUGCGUUCAAGAUACAGUUGUUUGCUGGUGGCCGCUGGUCAGUGAUGAUGCUUGGCCUUGGGCCCCCAUUUCUCCCGAGAGGGACAGAGCCAAUCUGCUGCUCCUAGGUUAUACUCAAGGAAGACUGGAGGUUCUGAGUUGUAUCCGCACAGAAUGGGAUCCGCUGGAUGUUCGCUUUGGCACCAAACAGCCUUAUCAGGUGUUGGCAGUGGAGCACUCCAUCAGUGUAGACAAAGAGCCCAUGGUUGACAGCUGCGUCUAUGAAUGUGUUCGGAAUAAAAUCCAGUGUGUAUCAGUAACCAGAAUACCACUGAGAUCGAAGGCCAUUAGCUGCUGCAGGAACGUUACUGAAGACAAACUGAUUCUGGGCUGUGAAGAUUCUUCAGUAAUUCUUUAUGAAACUCACCGUAGAGUAACUCUCUUAGCCCAGGCUAAACUUUUGCCUUCAUUAAUAAGCUGCCACCCAAGUGGCGCCAUUCUACUAGUUGGCAGCAACCAAGGGGAGCUGCAAAUUUUUGAUACGGCUCUAUCGCCUAUUAACAUCCAGCUCUUGGCUGAAGACCGCUCACCCAGGGAGACUCUGCAGUUCAAUAAAUUCUUUGAUGUUUCCAGCAGUCUUGUUCAAAUGCAGUGGAUAGCUCCUCAGGUGGUUUCUCAGAAGCCUGAAAGUGGGGACAUCUAUGAUCUCCUCUUCCUCAGGUUCGACAGAGGACCUUUGGGUGCACUUUUGUUUAAACUUGGUAUCUUCACACGAGGACAGCUGGGCCUGAUAGACAUCAUAUUCCAGUACAUUCACUGUGAUGAGAUCUAUGAGGCAAUAAAUAUCCUGAGCAGUAUGAACUGGGACACUCUGGGCCACCAAUGCUUUAUCAGCAUGACUGCCAUUGUAAACCAUCUUCUUAGACAAAAGCUCACUCCAGAGAGAGAAGCACAGCUUGAGGCAAGCCUUGGAACCUUCUAUGCUCCAACAAGACCACUUCUGGAUACAACUAUAUUGGAAUAUAGAGAUGAAAUCAGCAAAUAUGCAAGAAGAUUCUUCCAUCACUUGCUCAGGUACCAAAGAUUUGAAAAGGCAUUUCUGUUAGCUGUUGACAUUGGUGCUCGUGACCUGUUUAUGGACAUCCAUUACUUUGCACUAGAUAAGGGUGAAUUGGCACUAGCUGAAGUGGCAAGAAAAAGAGCUAGUGACAUUGAUGCAGAAUCAAUAACAUCUGGAGUUGAACUCCUGGGACCUUUGGACAGAGGAGAUACGCUAAAUGAAGCUUUUGUUGGCCUAUCUUUAGCUCAAGGAGAAGACACAUUUCCAGAUGACCUCCCUCCCUUUUGUUCAAUCCAUAAACAUAUCAUUCAACAAAGAACACUGAAUGUCUCUUCUAACAGGCAAGUACUUGACAGAAGAAAUGAACUUGAAAAAGACAUCUGUGCUGAAUCUUUGAUGACCAAGACCUAUAAUGAAGAAGGUAAAGGAGAAAGGAGAGAAGACUACAUAGAACAGGAACUUGGAGAUGGUGGUUCUCUCAGAAUGGUUCACUUUGGUUUGGUGUAAACAAUGAGAAACUUUCAUUUUACUUAAAUACAACACAGUUCUCACAAAUAAAUUUUUCAUGGCAUCAUACAAAUUAAAAUCUCCCUGUACAGAUUAAAAAGAGGAACCACAAGAUGAAUUAGUUAAGUAUUUUAAAUUCAGAAUAUUCUCAAGUUAAAUUUUAUUAGUUUCAAAAAC